AUGCUGCAGCGCGAUUACGGCGUACAGCUGGCGCAGUGUCGCUUCCUCGUAGCUGACAACUGCGCCGUAAACCGGCGGCUGGCAACUCUUAUGAGUGUGCCGCUUGUUGGUUGCGCAAGCCACCGCCUGAACCUUGCUGUUCAGGCGGACAUGGCGUCGCAUGAGGAGGACCUGGCUGCUGUGCAGGCGCUCAUGGUAAAAUUGCGUACGCUCACCCAAUCUGCCAAACUACGGUUGAAAACGCCACUUCGGCCUGUCCUUCGCCAGGACACGCGCUGGAGCUCUACGUUCGAGAUGGUACGGCGCUACCUCCAGCUCCUCGAGUUUCUUGACGCCGAAGACGACGACCUCAUGGACCUGCUCCCGCCGCCGGCGAUGAACAAGCGACUGCAGGCAUUGUACCAGGAGCUGUGCGACAUCGAGUCGGUCUCGAAGGCCCUUCAAGGCCACGACGUCGACCUGCUGGACGUUCGCGAGUGGUUCGACGAGCUGAUCGCUGUCAAGCCACAAUAUGGGCGCUACAUUGGGCCUCGGGCCAACAUUGUGCACAACCCAGAUUUUGAGGCUGGGUGUUAUGAGCAGGUGAAGAGCAUCCCACCCACGUCGAACGUGGUGGAACGCUUCUUCAGCAUUGCUCGGGUGACGUUUGGUCAUCAACGACACGGCCUGCUGCCACGCACGCUUGAGACGAUUUUGUUUCUCCGCCAGAAUCGGUCGUACUGGGAUGCAACGACUGUGGACAAUUUGAGCUAG